UUUCUAGUGAGGAAGAUCAAAGGAUCUGAUGCGGGUCAGCUUUAUGCCAUGAAGGUACUUAAGAAGGCAACUCUGAAAGUUCGGGAUCGGGUACGAUCGAAAAUGGAGAGAGAUAUUUUGGCAGAAGUGAAUCAUCCUUUCAUAGUCAAGCUUCAUUAUGCAUUUCAAACAGAGGGAAAAUUGUAUCUAAUACUAGAUUUCCUGCGGGGAGGGGACCUUUUCACAAGACUCUCCAAAGAGGUGAUGUUUACAGAAGAGGAUGUCAAGUUCUACUUAGCUGAGCUGGCCUUGGCAUUAGACCACCUCCAUGGUCUUGGAAUUAUUUACAGGGAUCUAAAACCAGAAAACAUUCUUCUUGAUGAAGAGGGCCACAUUAAGAUAACAGAUUUUGGUCUGAGUAAAGAAGCCAUCGACCAUGACAAGAGAGCGUAUUCGUUCUGUGGGACAAUAGAGUAUAUGGCCCCAGAGGUGGUCAACCGACGAGGACACACGCAGAGUGCUGACUGGUGGUCUUUUGGCGUACUCAUGUUUGAGAUGCUGACAGGAUCAUUACCCUUCCAGGGAAAAGACAGAAAGGAGACAAUGGCACUCAUUCUCAAAGCCAAGCUGGGAAUGCCGCAGUUCUUGAGCAUAGAAGCCCAGAGCCUGCUGCGAGCCCUCUUCAAAAGGAACCCCUCCAACAGAUUAGGUGCUGGAUUCGAUGGAGUGGAAGAAAUUAAACGUCACCCUUUCUUUCUUACUAUAGACUGGAAUAAACUAUACAGGAAAGAAAUCAAGCCACCUUUCAAGCCAGCAGUGGGACGGCCAGAAGACACCUUUCAUUUUGAUCCAGAGUUCACAUCUCGGACCCCCACAGAUUCCCCAGGUGUUCCUCCAAGUGCCAAUGCUCAUCAUCUUUUCAGAGGGUUCAGCUUCGUUGCCUCUAACUUAGUGCAGGAGCCUGCACAGCAAGAUGUGCACAAAAUCACCGUCCAUCCAAUUGUGCAGCAGCUACAUGGGAACAACAUUCACUUUACAGAUGGAUACGAGAUCAAGGAGGACAUAGGAAUUGGCUCCUAUUCAGUGUGCAAGAGAUGUGUUCAUAAAGCCACUGAAACAGAGUUUGCAGUGAAGAUAAUUGAUAAGAGCAAGAGAGACCCCUCUGAAGAAAUUGAGAUCCUCUUGCGAUAUGGACAGCAUCCAAACAUCAUUACUCUUAAAGAUGUCUAUGAUGACGGGAAAUAUGUGUACCUGGUGAUGGAGCUGAUGCGGGGAGGCGAGCUCCUGGACCGCAUUCUUCGGCAGAAGUGUUUCUCAGAGCGGGAGGCCAGUGCUGUGCUGUGCACCAUCACCAGGACUGUGGACUACCUGCACUCUCAGGGCGUGGUGCACCGAGAUCUCAAGCCAAGUAAUAUCCUCUACAUGGAUGAGUCAGGAAACCCAGACUCCAUCAGGAUCUGUGACUUCGGGUUUGCCAAGCAACUGAGAGCAGAGAAUGGGCUGCUCAUGACUCCCUGCUAUACUGCCAACUUUGUCGCCCCUGAGGUCCUUAAACGCCAAGGUUACGAUGCAGCCUGUGACAUCUGGAGCUUGGGGAUCCUACUGUAUACCAUGUUGGCAGGAUUCACUCCUUUUGCAAAUGGACCAGACGACACCCCAGAGGAGAUUCUGGCCAGGAUUGGCAGUGGCAAAUAUGCACUUACAGGAGGAAAUUGGGAUUCAGUAUCAGAUACUGCAAAGGACAUUGUGUCAAAGAUGCUUCACGUAGACCCUCAUCAGCGCCUCACAGCAGUCCAAGUCCUAAGACAUCCAUGGAUAGUGAACAGGGAGUAUCUGUCUCAAAACCAACUGAGCAGACAGGAUGUUCAGCUGGUGAAGGGUGCAAUGGCAGCCACUUACUUUGCUUUAAACCGAGCACCUCAGGCACCAAGGCUGGAGCCUGUAUUAUCCUCCAAUCUGGCCCAGCGGCGAGGCAUGAAAAGACUUACCUCUACUAGGUUGUAGCAGUACCCCCAAAAGGCCUCCUUGAAAACCUACAGUUCAUUGAGAGAUUCAUCUUUACUCAGCUAGCAGAACUUUUUUGGACAACCUGCACAUGGAAUCACCUGACCUGGCAGAAGCCCAGCGUAUAGCAAAGUUCUCCUUUGCUCCGUAGUUUCUUUUACAUUCCAGCCAGGGUCUCUAGUUUAACAACUUCACAAAGAUGUGCCAAUUUUUCCAGUAGCUCUGUUUCCUUACUGAGAUAAAGCCAAAUAAAGUAGGUGUGCUCCAUCCUUCCCACCCUA